UAAAGGCUGAGUCAAAAGCCAAGAAGUCUCUUUAUUUACGCCUACCUCCCAGCCCUUGGCAAUCUGACUAAUAAACUGAGCUAACAAGAAAGACUAGAAAGGGAAGAAAGAGAACAUUGCUACAGCUUGGAUCUACAACAUAAGAAAGCAAGAGUGAUCAGUCCCAGCUCUGUGGAACAUCUUGUUUAUUUACUGCAUUUAGCAGCUUGCAAAUGGUUAACUAUAUGCAAAAAAGUCAGAAUAGCUGUGAAGUAUGCUGUGAAUUUUAAUUGGGGAAAAAAAGGACAACUGCUUCAGGAUGAUCUAGUAUGCACUUCGCCUGAAAUAUUUUCAAUGAAAUGCUCAGCAUUUUGUCUUUGACUAGAGGUUUUAACUUUAUGAAGCAAUGGGACUUGCCAAAAAGUGAUAUUAUUUAAGAAGAAAGUACGUAGAGGUUGGUGUUUUCUUUUUUAAUAAAGAAACUGAAUUUGCUUUGAACAUCUCUUCCAGCUGUGCAUUACAGAUAACGUCAGGGAUAAUCUCUGCUUUACAGAAUCAGACUCCAUCACAUGACAACAUGAAGCUGUGGGUCCACCUCUUGUACUCAUCUCUCAUUGCCUACGUAUCUUCACAGUCCCAAGCUCCUAUGUCCUCAACCAGAGGUUCUUGUGAUUCUCUUUGCAAAUGUGAGGAAAAAGAUGGCACAAUGCUCAUAAACUGUGAAGAAAAAGGUAUUAACAAGUUAUCCCAAAUAAGUGUUCCACCAUCACGACCUUUCCAACUAAGUCUAUUAAAUAAUGGCUUGACGAUACUUCACACAAAUGACUUUUCUGGGCUUACCAAUGCUAUCUUAAUACACCUUGGAUUUAACAAUAUUGCAGAUAUUGAGACUGGUGCAUUUAAUGGCCUUGGCCUUCUUAAGCAACUUCAUAUCAAUCACAAUUCUUUAGAAAUUCUUAAAGAGGAUACCUUUCAUGGACUGGAAAACCUGGAAUUCCUACAGGCAGAUAACAAUUUUAUCACAGUGAUUGAACCAAGUGCCUUUAGCAAGCUCAACAGACUUAAAGUGUUAAUUUUAAAUGACAAUGCUAUUGAGAGUCUUCCUCCAAAUGUAUUUCGAUUCGUUCCUUUAACCCACCUAGAUCUUCGUGGAAAUCAGUUGCAAACAUUGCCUUAUGUUGGCUUUUUAGAACACAUUGGCCGAAUAUUGGACCUCCAGUUAGAGGACAAUAAAUGGAACUGCAAUUGUGACUUAUUACAGCUAAAAAUUUGGUUGGAAAAUAUGCCUCCACAGUCUGUAAUUGGUGAUGUUGUAUGCAACAGCCCUCCAGUUUUCAAAGGGAGCAUACUAAGCCGACUGAAAAAGGAAUCAAUUUGCCCCAGUCCACCAGUGUACGAAGAACAUGAGGAUCCUUCAGGAUCAUUGCAUCUUGCAGUGACAUCUUCGAUAAAUGACAGUCGCGUGGCAACCAAGACCACAUCCCUUUCAAAACCACCCACCAAAACACCGGUUUUGACACCUUAUAUUACAAAGCCAUUCACUCAAUUUCCAGGACCCUACUGCCCUAUUCCUUGUAACUGCAAAGUACUGUCCCCUUCAGGACUUCUAAUACACUGUCAAGAGCGCAAUAUUGAAAGCUUAUCAGAUCUGAAACCUCCUCCACAAAAUCCUAGAAAGCUUAUCCUAGCGGGGAAUAUUAUUCAUACACUCAUAAAGUCUGAUCUAGUGGAAUACUUCACUUUGGAAAUGCUUCACUUGGGAAACAAUCGUAUUGAGGUUCUUGAAGAAGGAUCAUUUAUGAAUCUAACAAGAUUACAAAAGCUCUAUCUAAACGGGAACCACCUGGCCAAACUGAGCAAAGGCAUGUUUCUUGGUCUCCAUGAUCUUGAGUACUUAUAUCUGGAAUACAACGUGGUUAAGGAAAUAUUGCCAGGAACCUUCAACCCAAUGCCUAAACUUAAAGUCCUCUAUUUAAAUAACAACCUCCUGCAAGUUUUACCACCACAUAUUUUUUCAGGGGUUCCCCUAAUGAGGAUAAACCUAAAAACAAACCAGUUCACCCACCUACCUGUAAGUAAUAUCUUGGAUGACCUUGAUUUACUGACGCAGAUUGACCUUCAGGACAACCCCUGGGACUGCUCCUGUGACCUGGUAGGAUUACAGCAAUGGAUACAAAAAUUAAGUAAGAACACAGUGACAGAUGGCAUCCUCUGCACUUCUCCAGAGCACCUAGACAAAAAGGAAUUAAAAGCACUAAAUAGUGAACUCCUUUGCCCAGGUUUGGUCAAUAACCCAUCCCUGCUAACUCAGACCAGUUCCAUAAUUGUCAGUACUCCUACAACCACAACUACAGCUGAUACUCUUUUAAGAUCACUUACUGAUGCUGUACCACUGUCUGUUUUAAUAUUAGGACUGCUGAUUGUGUUCAUAACUAUUGUGUUCUGUGCUGCAGGGAUAGUGGUUCUUGUUCUUCACCGCAGGAGAAGAUACAAAAAGAAACAAGCAGAUGAACAGAUGAGAGACACCAGUCCCGUGCAUCUUCAGUACAGCAUGUAUGGCCAUAAAACAACUCAUCACACUACUGAAAGACCCACCACAUCUCUCUACGAGCAGCACAUGGUGAGCCCUAUGGUCCAUGUUUAUAGAAGUCCAUCCUUUGGCCCAAAACAUUUAGAGGAGGAGGAAGAAAGGGAUGAGAAAGAAGGAGGUGAUGCAAAACAUCUCCAAAGAAGUCUUCUAGAACGGGAAAAUCAUUCACCACUCACAGGGUCAAACAUGAAAUAUAAAACUGCAGACCAAUCAACUGAAUUUUUAUCCUUUCAGGAUGCUAGUUCAUUAUAUAGGAACAUUUUGGAGAAAGAAAGAGAACUUCAGCAACUGGGAAUCACAGAAUACCUAAGGAAAAACAUUGCUCAAAUCCAGCCAGAUAUGGAGGUACAUUAUCCGGGAGACCACAAGGAAUUAAAAUUAAUGGAGACAUUAAUGUACUCAAGGCCGAGGAAGGUAUUAGUGGAACAAACUAAAAAUGAGUACUUUGAGCUCAAAGCUAACUUACAUGCUGAACCUGACUAUUUAGAAGUCCUGGAGCAACAAACAUAGAGAGUUGGAGGGCUUUCGUGGAAAUGCUGUGAUUCUGUCUGAAGUCCAAACCUUGUAAGUAAGUGCCUUACAUACGUGUAUCAUCAAUCAGAACUUAAGCACAGCAGUCAUCCUAUGGGAAAAGAAGCAGCUCAGGGAUCUCUGGGAGAAGCCAUUGCAUUGUCUUCAGGCAAUUCUGUCUGCCAUCAACAAAACAAACCCUUGUGUGCAAAUCAUUCAAGGAGUUUAGUAAUAUUUCUCCACACUUGAAAGUGUUUCAUAGAAGUCGUCUUGCACAUCUAAAAAGGUUGAAUAUUUAUGCAACCUGUAUUUUCUUGAAUUGCUUUAUCUGUGGAUGAAAUAGAAUUGGAUUUUAUCAUUUAAAAAUUAUACCUAUAUAUGUAGUUAUAACAGUAAGGAAUACAUUGUUUAUAUGACCUGUCUAUGUACUGCAAACAUGUACAUUGCUAGAUACACCUAAUUUUCUUGCAAUAAAGGCAAAAGGAAGUUAAACUUUAAGAUUACAAGUAGUAAUAGUAAAGAAAAAAUAGAAAGCUGAAUUACAUAGGCGAUGAGUGGCCCCAAACUUUGAACACAAGGGUUAAAACAAAUGUCACUGCUAUGUGUUCUGAAUUUAAGAAUAAGAAUGAUAGUUCAGAUGGAAUGUAUAAACAAACUUUUUGGUUCUUCUGCACAUUAUGUGUAGACAAUCUCAUUGUCAAUGCUGCUGUGAGCUAAGGUAUGUCAUUUGUGCUCAAAGUUUAGCUCUUAUUCUUGGGAUAUUUUAAAAAUGCUACUGAUAUUCAACUGUAAAUAUGAUUAGAGUAUCUAUUAUUAUUUUUUUCAUAGCAUUAGUCCUUUGUAAAUCUGAAUGACCAUGUUAGAAAUAUGUUUCUUGUGGCAAGUAAUAAUUCACAGGUGUAAAACCGAUAAUAAAAAAUAUUUUAUUUUUAUUGAUGUAUACUGGUAGUUGCCAUAACUUAGUAGCAAAAUGCACAUUUAAGGGUAAGUGGUUUAAAUUGCCUCAAGAAUGGGACAAUGUAGCUUUAUUUUACAAGAAAGUAUCGCUAGAUUUCUAUGAACUAUUUAUUCUGUACAGUUUUGUAUAUUUUUGGUUCACAAAGGUAAUUAUUCUUGGGUGCCUUUCAAGAAUAUUAAAAACACUGCUCAUUACAAUAAAACUAAAAUGAAAACCCUCUU